AUGAAACUUAUACAAAUAGAAAAACGGCUUCUACAGAAAGAAGUACAACUUUUACAGAAAGAAGAGCUUCUUAAUAAAGUCACUCAGGAAAUAAAUAUGAUCCAAUUGAUGACAGAAUCUUGGGUUCCUUCCCUUAUAUCAGGAAGCUUUUCUAAUGAUUUCUAUAAUAUUUUUCCAGAACAACAAAAUCUUCUAGAAUGUGAAAAUCCUUAUUCUCUUGAUCCUUCUAUGUCAUUACAAGAAACUAUAUCCUUGAUAGGUUCACUUCUCAAAAAAAUUUAUCUGAUUCCUCAACCAAUUCUGAUUCUGGCAUUUUAA